GGCGGCGGCGGCCAUAUUAUCAGUGAGGUGUCAGUAUUUUCCGAACGUGACGGGAUUUUUGGGUGUGGAUCGUGCGAUUUCCUGUUUCGCCGGCUUAGUCGUGGGGUUACUAGCGCGAGUGUGAGCGCCAGGCGGUCCAACGUUGUGGAUGCGGUGCGUCACACGUGUCACGGGAUCCACGGGUGCAAGCAGAAUCAGGUUAAUCAGAGGGAUAAUUUCGCCAUUUAGUACGAAAAAACACAGCUGCCACGAUGCCGAAAUCGAUGAACGUAAGGGUGACGACGAUGGACGCGGAGCUGGAAUUCGCGAUCCAGCAGACGACCACCGGGAAGCAGCUGUUUGACCAGGUCGUCAAGACGAUUGGAUUACGCGAGGUGUGGUUCUUCGGUCUUCAGUACACCGACACUAAGGGCGAUCUUACUUGGAUCAAGCUCUACAAGAAGGUGAUGAACCAAGAGGUCAAGAAGGAGACUCCACUGCAGUUCAAAUUCCGUGCAAAAUUCUAUCCCGAAGACGUCGCCGAGGAAUUGAUACAAGAUAUCACGCUGCGACUUUUUUACCUUCAGGUGAAAAAUGGUAUUCUCACGGAUGAAAUAUACUGCCCACCGGAAACUUCCGUUCUGUUGGCUUCGUAUGCCGUUCAAGCGAGACAUGGAGACUAUCAGAAAGGAAAUCAUCCCGCUGGCUUUCUGUCAAAUGAUCGGCUGUUACCACAGCGUGUUGUGGAUCAACAUAAAAUGAGCAAGGAGGAAUGGGAUAACUCCAUUACAAACUGGUGGCAGGAACACCGUGGUAUGUUGCGAGAGGACGCCAUGAUGGAGUAUCUGAAAAUUGCUCAGGACUUAGAGAUGUAUGGUGUGAAUUACUUUGAAAUUCGCAACAAGAAAGGCACAGAUCUUUGGUUGGGUGUGGAUGCUUUAGGUUUGAACAUCUACGAGAAAGAUGAUAAGCUCACGCCGAAAAUCGGCUUCCCCUGGUCCGAGAUACGGAAUAUCUCGUUCAACGAUAAGAAAUUUAUAAUCAAGCCAAUCGACAAGAAGGCACCGGACUUUGUAUUUUUCGCCAACAGAGUCAAGAUUAACAAGAGAAUUCUUGCGCUAUGUAUGGGUAAUCAUGAGCUUUACAUGCGCAGACGUAAGCCAGACACGAUCGACGUGCAGCAGAUGAAGGCUCAAGCAAGAGACGAAAAGAUGGCGAAACAGCAACAGAGAGAGAAAUUGCAAUUGGAGAUAGCUGCCCGAGAGCGUGCGGAGAGAAAUAGGCGGAAUGCUGAGUUGAACGAAGCUCAGGAAAUGAUUCGGCGCUUGGAGGAGCAGCUGAAGCAAUUGCAGGCUGCUAAGGAAGAGCUAGAGAAUCGUCAGAAGGAAUUGACAGCAAUGAUGGAGAAAUUGGAACUCUCGCACGAAAUGGAGGCUGCGGAGCGCGCUAAACUCGAACAAGAAAUAAGAGCCAAGCAAGAGGAAGUACAACGCAUACAAUCUGAGGUGGAGGCUAAGGAUGCAGAAGCUAGAAGAUUACAGGCUGAGUUUGAAGCUGCCAAAUUAAGACAAGAAGAAGCUGACCGACAAUAUCAGGCUAAUCAGACUCCGCAUCAUCAUCACGUCGAGGAGAACGAAGAGGGUGAGGAGGAGGGUGAGGACGAAAUUCCUCAAGGAGACGUUACUAAGGACCUCGCGACUGACGAAUCAAUAAUCGAUCCUGUCGGGGAGCGACGCACUUUAGCGGAGAGAAGUGAACGUCUUAACGACCAAUUGAAGGCAUUAAAGCAGGAUCUCGCUCAGUCACGUGACGAGUCCAAGGAGACGGUGAUGGACAAGAUCCACAGGGAAAAUGUGCGUCAAGGCCGCGACAAAUACAAGACGCUUCGCGAAAUUCGCAAGGGCAACACCAAACGCCGCGUUGAUCAAUUCGAGAACAUGUAAAUUAAUGAGCGUGCAUCUAAUCAUUUACCUUAUACAUGUCCUUUUCUACUUUCAAUUUCUCACCUGACUUUUGCGAAGAAUGCAGUAAAAUGAAAAUGAGAAGGAGAGGAAAAAAGAAAGCGAUUAAUAAGAUAGAGAGAGAAAUAGA